AUGUCUUUCAAUCUUCCUGACAAGAUCUCACUUCCCACCAACCCAGGCCGCCACAAUACAGCAAUUGCUGAGGUCGUGAUCUGGGGGACCAUCUGGACCGUAGGAUUAAUUAUCCGUAGCUUCCAGGAGUGGUAUUACUGGGACCGCAGCAAAAAACGUACAGUAUUCAUAUGCAUCUUUAAUGGCUGGAUCAGGAACCUGAUAGUGAUCUUGUCCCAAGUGCGGAUCGUUGGCUUUGCGUUGUAUCUUGCAAAACCAAAUGCCGCUAAAGGUCUUGUUAUUACGGAGAUUGUUCUCCAAGGGAUUGGUGUCACACCUUUACUCUUCGAGUUCAGUCUCGUGCUUCUGAAAUGUGGCCAUGUUGGUCUCAAUCAACGACAUGCAUCUCACUAUCCACACCUGAUCAAACUUCUCUUACAAUGGAUCCGCUUACCCAUCAUCGUCGCUGUGGUCCUUAUCGUGCUCGCCGGCAGCCUCGUUAACAUCACCCUGAUGAAGAGCGGUGCAUGCAUAAUCCUCGCCAUCUUCGCUUUCCUUAUCGCUAUCCUGCUAUAUCUGGUUUUGGCGGGCCACUUUCGCACCAUGCCACCAGCAGCACAACAUGCGCUUCGCUGCGUAGCCGCAGCGGUACCUUUUUAUGCAGUUCGCAUCACGUACAUGAUGUUGGGGAAUUUUGGCGGUAUAAAGUAUAGUCCAGCGGUUGGUGACUGGAAGUUGGCUGUCGGGUUGGAGUUCGUCAUGGAAAUCGCCAUUGUGUUCUUACUUAUCACGGCGUCGCUAUUUGCACAGCCCAUCAUCGGAAACCGAAAGGACAGACGGAUCGAGUUAUCUGAGAUCGGGAGUCAGCCUUUGAAGGAGGACGUCAAUGUCUGAGGAACAGCAAC